CAAUCACGCACCCUUGUCCGUGGCCACCAUUUUCCUACUACUUCCCAGCUUUAAAGAACCACACUUUAACGAUCCAUAUUCAGACAACCAACACCACUUUUGUUUUUCAUAGCAGAGACAUGGGUGGGCAUGAAGAAGAGGGAGGAGGCGAGGAGUACUUGUUCAAGAUCGUGCUGAUCGGCGACUCGGCCGUGGGAAAAUCGAACCUUUUGUCGCGUUUCGCAAGGAACGAGUUCGACAACAACUCAAAGGCAACAAUCGGAGUAGAGUUCCAGACCCAAUGUGUGGAGAUUGAUGGCAAGGAAAUUAAAGCACAGAUCUGGGACACUGCUGGUCAAGAAAGGUUCAGAGCUGUUACUUCUGCUUACUAUAGAGGCGCUGUUGGUGCUCUUAUUGUUUAUGAUAUCAGUAGGCGUAGCAGCUUCGACAGCAUUAAACGCUGGCUUGAUGAACUUACCACUCAUUGUGAUACUACUGUGACAAGAAUGCUGGUAGGGAACAAAUGUGAUUUGGAGAACAUUAGAGAAGUAAGCGUGGAGGAAGGCAAGAGCCUCGCAGAAGAAGAAGGCUUGUUCUUCAUGGAGACAUCCGCCCUCGAGUCUACCAACGUUCAGACUGCUUUCGAGAUCGUCAUCGGGGAAAUCUACACUAAUGUAAGCCGGAAAGCCCUCAACUCCGACGCGUACAAAGGCGAGUUGUCCGCGAAUCGAGUCACACUCAAGGACGGUGCGAACCCAUCCAAGGAGGGUAUCUCGUGCUGUGCAAGAUGAUCUCAGUCUUGGAGCUUCUCAAUAUAAUUUUUUUUUCCUGGGGGGUCUUGUUAUAGUCAUAAAAUAAUGACUGCAUUUGUCAUCUGAUAUUUAUAUGUGCUGGAUGGAAAGUUUAUAUUUUUAUAAAAAAAA